CUUCUCAUCACCAACUGUGCCUGCUUGCCUUCUACUUAGUCUUAGUCUUUUCUUGGCGGCCUCUUCUAUUAAUAUUAUAUAUUCUUCUCUCACUCUCUUCACUUCACAGACAGACUUCUUCUUUUCAUCUUCAAUAUAUCAUCACUUUUUCUUUCAACAAGACAAGAUAUCAUAUCAUCACUUAUAGUUAGCAUGGAUUAUUCAUCAUCAUGGAUUAACACUUCCUUGGAUCUCAACAUUAAUUCCCACAGGGUUCAUCAACAACUUCCUAAAAAUGUGGUGGAAAACAAUUUUUUCUCAUUGGAGAUGAAGAAAUCUUCUCCAAAAGAAGAGUCAAGUGGUGCUUUGGUAGAAGAGUUGAAACGAGUGAGUGCAGAAAACAAGAAGUUGACAGGAAUGUUGACAGAGAUGUGUGAGAAUUACAACACAUUGAGAAACAAUUUGAUGGAAUAUAUGAGAAAGAAUCCUGAUAAAGAGUCAAGUCCAUCAAAGAAAAGAAAAUCUGAUGAAAUAAGUAGCAGUAAUAAUAAUCUAAUGGGAGGAGGAGAAGGAGGAGGAGUUAAUGGAAACAACUCUGAGAGCAGUUCAAGUGAUGAAGAUCAAUCAUGCAAGAAACCAAUGGAAUUAGAAACUUGCAUUAAGGCAAAAGUUUCAAGAGUUUAUUACAAACAAGAAUCAUCUGAUUCAAGCCUUAUUGUGAAAGAUGGAUAUCAAUGGAGAAAAUAUGGACAAAAGGUGACAAGGGAUAAUCCUUCUCCAAGAGCAUAUUUCAAAUGUUCAUUUGCUCCAAGCUGCACAGUGAAGAAGAAAGUGCAAAGAAGUGUGGAAGAUCCAUCAGUAGUUGUUGCAACAUAUGAAGGAGAACACAAUCAUCCUCAUCCUUCUCAAAUGGAGUCAACAUCAUCCGGCACAAAUAACCGUUGUAGGAAUCCAAUAAGUUCAGCAGUGCCUUCUUCUGCACCAAGUACAGUUACCAUUGAUUGGACAAAAUCUAAGUGCAGCAAUGAGUCUUCUUCUAAGAAAAUGAUGAUAAAUAAUCCCAAAAUGGAAGUACCUCAGAUUUUGGUGGAACAAAUGGCUACUUCAUUGACCAAGGAUCUUAACUUCAGAGCAGCACUAGCUGCUGCUAUAUCAGGAAAAAUGUUGCAUCAGAGUUAAUUAUAGUAAAAAAUGUUGCAUCAGAGUCAAUUGUAUUUAACUCAUUGUCAAGUUAAGUGUUCUAUAUAUAAACGGAUCAUUUUUAAAAGCAUAGCAUAGGAUCCCUUUAUAUGUAAAUACAACAGAGAAAAUUCCUCAUUUUGUUCAAUUAAAUAGGAAAGGAAUAGCAUGUCCAAUUGAUUAUGCUUUUGCAAAUAAGGCUCAACUUAGUUGUUUAUAUUCUUCUGCAUCAAGCAAGGCGAAGAACUAGCUAUGUUAUCACAAUUCAAAUUUAUAAACUAAGUUCUUCCAAAA